AUGACGACGGAAGAGGGAGAAGUUUCAAGUAGCCUGCGACGAUCAGAGAGGUCGUCCGAAUUGUCGACGAACCGAGACUCGCUGAGCCGUCGCACCUUGGCACUGCAGCAAUACACGUACGACCCCAACGAGAAGAAGAAGAAUGACGAGGAGGGAGAAGAAGAAGAAGACAGCAAAGCCCUGGUGGAGGAAGAGGAUGAAUUGGCACUCAUGAUGGAAGAGGGCGGCUCGGACAGUGAGAAGGAGGAGGACGAGAUCUCCUCUGUGGACAGUGCUCAAGAAAAGGAGGCUGCGAUUCGGGAUGGCUUUCUGGGAUUCCUUUACGGGUACAUUGGAAAUGGCAUCUUUCAAAGGCUCUUGGAGCAUUUCACCAAGUGCUUUGGCUGUAUGUACAAGUGGACUAUGAAAAAGUUGGGAAAAGGAGAAGAAGACGAUAUGGAUGCGGACGUAGAUGACAUGCCAGGCAUGGAUGACUUGGCAGGAGAGGUCAUGGAUGCCGUCGAUCCUGGCUUUAAUCCCAUCUCGCAGAGUGUUCAGGGAGGCUUGGGAGGUCCACCCGGAGGAGGGGGAGGUGGCGGUGGAGCCGCCGGCCCUCCUCCAGGCGUUGCCGAAAUGGCAGCUGCGGCGGGAAACAGUGCGGCCGGAGGAGCCGCUAGUGGGGCUGCGGCGGCUGGAGCUGCGGCGGCGGCGGGAUCUGUGGGUGGAAUGGCCGCAGCGGCAGGAGCUGUGGCCGGUGCUGGUAUUGCGGCUCAAGCGAGCGUUGCGGUGGGUGUAGCGGCGGUCACUGCUGCUGCUAUAACAACUGCGACCGCACCCGCUGUCCCACCAGCUCCAGCUCCCUACAUGGUUGGCAACUUCACACCACCAGUAUGCAUGGAAGAAACAACAGAGAAAAUUGGUGCUCUGGAGUUGCAGAUUGCGGCAUUGCCACCUCUUGCCCUCGAGGAGCGGAAAUGGGCACUAGAAGAAAUGUUCCGUGACAUUUACAAUAGCAUCACAGGAAUGUGCCUAGACCCCAUGGUCCGUGUCUUGCACCAAGCCGUACUGUUGGAAUGGGAGACGGAUUGGGGGGUAGGCUCGAAUAUUACCAUGGACGAUGUGUUAAACUUUACGCAGGAACAAUAUGAUGCUGCUGAUCUUGCUGACACAGCGCGCAUGUUGGUGGCAGCCCACAGCAAUACACAUUGGCAUAGGCAGCUGCUCCAAUUUGACCUGUCAGAAUUCUUUUCCAUCUUUGUGGCAUCCUUUGGCUAUAACUUGGAACCUGUGCUACUGGGAGAUGGAAAUCAGAGUGUCACCAUCACCAGCAACAGUUCAAUUCAAGCUAGGGUGGUAUCUGCAUUCACAAGACUCAUCAUUGAUGGUGUGGCAGAUAGAAAUGCAACUGUGUCAUCCCUUGAUGCUGAUGCAAUUGCGGAAGCAUAUCUGGUGGUUGAAGACAACAACGGCACAAUCAGAACCGCCUUUGUUAGCGAUAUUCUCCAGGAUAUUGAAAAGUGUCUGGAUGUAAAUGAUGCUUCAUCUGAGAAUGAGAUCUGCCAAAUACUGAACAAUGUUGAUGUGGGGGCUGAAACUCUUUCACUGUGUUUGCAAAAUCCAACCUCCCUGGAAUGCCAAGAGAUCUUGCCCACAGUUUUGGAAGCAGCAUCAGAAGAAGCAGAUGCGCUGAACACUGAUGUGAGCGGAGGCAGUGGUGGCACAGGAAGUUUGACGAAUGAGCCAACGCCUGCUCCUCAUGGUACAGAUUCUGAAGAUGUUCCUGCUGAAAUGUCCCAGGAAACAGAAGGGAGUCCCACAAGCCCAGGGUUAAGCCCAAAUGCUGGUGGAUCCACGCAGAGCUCCCCAAUUUCAGGCCCAACACUUUCAUCACCCAGCAGUCUUGAGAACUCUCCCAGCAUUGAAACAACGGAAAUGAGUCCUGCAUACUUUCCUCCUUCUAGCACUUCUGGCAGUGGAGAUCGGUUGGAAAUGCCAGCAGCUGGUCCCAGUUCAGUGGCAGGGAACCCCACUCUUACCGCACCAACACUGAUAGCCCCAACCGCAAUAUUCCCUUCCGCAAGUCAGGGAGAUCCUGCAAAUGGUAGCAAUGUUCCGUCAGCAGUGCUGGGCUCUCCAAAUAUGGUUGUUGGACCCUCAUCUCUCGUUGAACCUCCUUCCUCUGCUGGUGGUGGAGUUAUGCCUGGCUCUCCUGCUACUGCUAAUGGCCCUGCUGCUGAGGGCACUUCAGGCACGCCCAGCGGAGCUGGCAUGUUGGGAGGUCCUUCCAGUUCGAUAGCACCAGCAGGGUCCUCGGGACAAGCACAGGGUGGCAAUAGCCCCACAAUUGGAAAUCAAAACAAUCCCACGUCUGGAGCAGCAGGUGCAGAAGCGCCUAAUGUAAACUCCUAUUCUGAUCUUUCGGUAAAUACUCCUACAGUUGUUGCACCUAUGGCGACUCUAGGAAGUCCCACUGGUACAGUCAUGUCAGUAGGUGACUCAGGAAAUCCUGGUAUGGGAAAUGGUCCUUCGCAGACACCAGGCUCACCGAUUGGCCAUGGGGCUGAUUCUUCGCCACAUCAUGGUUCAGCUUCCAUGCCCAUUGCAACACAAGAUUCAGCAGGAGGUCUUCCAUCACCACUUAUGCCUGUUGCCCCUGUUGCAGGCCCCAGUACCACGGUAUCCCCUUCGCUGAAUGGUGCUGGUCCAACGAAUGUGGACCCUACAGUUCCUGUGGGAAUGCCUACCAAUGCUGAAAUGGGCGUCAAUACUCCCACUGCACAAGAAGAGUCAGCAGGAAUCCCAACCGCCACCCCACAAAUGGAUACUCCAGAUCCAACUACAAUGCCAACUUUUGAGCCAACCUCUGAUCCAACCUCUGAACCUACACCAGCCCCUACAUUUGAUCCCACAGUAUCACCUACACCGAAACCAACAUUUGAACAGACAAUUGCACCAACCCAAGCAUCAACAGAUGUGCCAACCUCUGAACCCUCCAUUGAGCUAACUCCAGGACCCACAACAGUUCUGACACUCCCACCAACAGCCACUUCUGAAGAAUGCAAUAUCCAGACCAUUGAUACCCAGGCAGAUUAUGUUGUUUCAAUCGACAAUGACAUAUCCAGCAUUUCGAAUGAUCUUUUGGUGACUGCCUUUAUUUCUGGAUAUAAUGCAGUACCAAAAAGCAGCUGCUCUCCAACGAUUCUCAGUGUCACCAUCACAAGACGCGUCCAAAAUAGAAGACUACAAUCCGGACAAUCCAUUGUGUUCACAGUUUCAAGCACGCAGCCCAACGGAAGUGCACUAUUUAGCUCUGAAGAAGAAAACAUGGUUUUCCUUCAGGCAUUCAAUUCAGCUCUAGGUAUUGCAGGGACAUCUGCAACCAGUAUUGUGCUUGUAGCAGGCACGGGAACCACAACUGAAGUCCCCACUGUUACUCCUGGUAGUCCCUCUGCAACCCCAACCACAGCGAGUCCCAGCAGUGUUGGCUUCCCAACUACUACGGCACCCACGACUGAUGUCCCCACUGUUACUCCUGGUAGUCCCUCUGCAACCCCAACCACAGCUAGUCCCAGCAGUGUUGGCUUCCCAACAACAGGUGCCCCCACAACCAGAAUCCCCCCAAAACUGUUUGGGGGGGUACUUCCUGGUAGUCCCUCUGCAACCCAACCACGCAAGCCCAGAUUGUUGGCUUCCCAACUACAGGGCACCCACACCGAUGUCCCCACUGUUACUCCUGGUAGUCCCUCUGCAACCCCAACCACAGCUACUCCCAGCAGUGUUGGCUUCCCAACAACAGGGGCACCCACAACCGAUGUCCCCACUGUGACUCCUGGUAGUCCCUCUGCAACCCCAACCACAGCGAGUCCCAGCAGUGUUGGCUUCCCAACAACACAUGCACCGCAACCGAUGUCCCCACUGUUACUCCUGGAAGUCCCUCUGCAACCCCAACCACAGUGA